AUGGCAAUUAUAUUACGAACGCCAACGGCAACGCCGGUAAGUUUUAGAAUAUGUAGAGCAACAACAUGCAUGCAGGUCGUUGACGUAUCACUUUCAUAAUCACACUGGCACUGCAGGCCAGACUACUGAGUUCAAUUCUAAAGUGGUAAAGAAUAAAACUAUAAAUUUUCUUUAAAUGACUACAUAUACAAUAAAAUCAUAUACUUGUUGUCUUCAUGAUUUAACAGUAGAUUGAGGUCUGAGGAAUACCCGUAACAAUAAUAGGCGACUCCAUGUCAACAUUUUGUUGAAAAAACGUUUUGGGUAAAUAAUGAAGUAUAAAUUUUUAAUGUUACAGGCAAGGUUAAUUGCGAUACGUUUGUCAGGUUAAAUUUGUUCUCAGGUUCAAUUUCGUCAAUAUGUAGUGCAAACUGAACAAAACGACGAGUCUAUACCUUAAAAUGAAAUGAAAAAUCUUACUGAUAUGUUCUACACUAAUAGUUAGCAGUGGAUUAAUGCGUCCUAAACUGGACUUUUUUAAUUUGCUGGCUCUUAGUAAACUUAGAAAGGUUCAAGAAUAUGAUAUGCCUCUGGAAUUUUCCACUGCGAAAUAAAAUCAUGCAUAUAUAGCGUUAGAUAAAGUAAUAAAUUGGAUAUAUUACUCAAAAUAAUCAAAAAUGUUUUAUCUACAACAUAUAUAAUCACCAUUACAAGAAACCCGCCCAAAAGCCUAUAUAUAUAUAUAAUAUAUAGUACAUAUAAUUACACUGUAAAAGAUAGGAAGUACUGUUCUAAAAUUUAGUGCAAAAAAUAACACCGACUACCUCAUAUUGUACACUGUUUUAUGUAGGAAAAACUUUUCAUUCCUCCACCUUCCCUCACAUCCCAAAAACAGGGCUAUUCCGAUGACGAGCCAAAGGUAAAACAUUCAUUAUUGACAUUACCACACUGAUUUUUUACAAUAGAAAAAAAAUACAAUCUUUCAUUAUGCUUUAAAUCUUGAGCUUAUAUCUUAUGUAUAGUUUGAUCACGAACAAAUGAACAAUGAAAUAGAAAACCUUGAAAUUCAGCUAGAAAAUCUGUAUUCUUAUGCCUCGACUGUAUCGUUUCACCCUGAGCUCAUCACAGUACAGUCUGCAAUAUAUUGCAUUCUUAUUUUUCACCCUGCUUGGUUUCCUUUGUUCUUAUCGGGGAAUAUAUUCGAUAUUCCCCUCUAAUCAAUUUCUCUCUAGUAAUCUCCUCUAAUAUUCACCUGCAAUGAACCUGCAAUGUCUUUGCAGCACAAAAAAUGAGAAAAAACAACAUCACGAAGGCAAUAUGGCAUUAAGAAUUAUUUCUAUUCUGACUCAUUAACGCGACCUCGCAAUGUGAAAAAUAAGUACGUUAUUUUGAGGCACCUCGGGGAUAUGUGUUUAUAAUUCACCUCGGCGCUGUGCGUCUCGGUGAAUAAAUCACAUAUAUCCCUUCGUUGCCUCAAAAUAACCUAUACCGCAUAUUUACAUGCAUGCAUGACAAUUGUGACAUUUUAUAUUAAUUAUUGUGUGAAUUAUGAUCUGAUAUAUUCAAACCUAAUUAUUUGGUUUUCAUCACAGUGUCAUUUUAUGACCCUAUAAGUUGAAAUUAAUAUAACAUUUUUUUCUUUAGAAUGAAGCCCCAUCGAGUGAUUGGCUGCAUUCGCCCGACGAAGCAUUG